AUGGGUACAGCAUUUGUUGUUUACGAUGAUAUAUACGAUGCAAAAACAGCAUGUGAUCAUUUAUCUGGAUACAAUUUAGGUGGUCGUUAUCUAGUGGUUCUCUAUCAUCAACCACAAAAGCAAGCAAAGAAAUUAGAUUUAUUAAAAAAGAAACAAGAGAUGGAGUUGAUGAAACAAAAGUUUGGAAUAGAGUCCAGGUUCUUGGCGCCAACAAACAACCUGAAAGUACAUAAUCUUUCCAAGUUUAAGAUAUUUGCCUCAUAUUUAAUAGAUAACACCUUGUUAUUCCUCAUUCCGAAAUUUUAUACGAUGCAAAUCAAUUUUUUGAAAAAUCAAUACCUUUUGAACGAGGUGGGUUAA